AUGGUUCGCUCACAUGCAAAAAACAAUACCACUCAAGCCAAUCUCACAUACUACGAACGAUCCCUUCUUCGAGCUCCCAAUGCCGCCCGUCGUAUAGGUGCCAACUCUUUCAAACCUCUCGACGCCUGUAAUCUUUGUCUCUCCACCGCCAUAUCACCCGUAGCAUGUGGGAAAGGUCAUUUGUAUUGUCGGGAAUGUGCUAUAGCCGAUUUGCUCACUCAAAAAGCAUCCAUCGAAACUCAGAAAAGGGAUAUGGAACGAUGGGAGGAGAACGAAGCUCGUGAACGAGAGACAGCUCGACUUCGAGCGAGAGAACGUGUGGUAGCUGAUUUCGAACGUGGCAUGGGUUUAGCUGGUCCCAGUGGUAGAACGACUACAGAUAUUCGAGGGUCGGAAGUAAGGUCGGUGGGGGAAGGGAGAAAAACUAUGGAAGAGUUAACUAAAGAAGCUGAGGAAAGAGCUAUGAAGAUGAUUGAGAAUGAACAGGCAGAAAUCAGGAAAGCGAAAUUAGCAGCUUUCUGGUUACCUAGUUUAGCACCGGAAGCCAAGUUGGGACCGAUCAAAGAUAUAAAAUUACAAACUCUAUGUCAGGUAGGAGGAAAGGGACAUGGACAUCCUUUUUCUCGAAAAACCCUCUUACCAGUCAUCUUGACCUAUCCCGUGAAAUCCACCACACCUACAUGUCCAUCAUGUACUAAAGAAUUAUCCAACGCUGUCCCUUGCAUCCUCCUCUCUUCCCGCGCAACUUCCGGAACCGACCCUCUGGAUGAACCUCGAUCCAAGAAGUCAAAGAAAGGGAAAGAGGAAUUUUCCUGUGGUCACGUGGUGUGUAAGACAUGUGCGGAUACGAUUGUCAGACCCCAAGGACGGUGUUGUGUGUGUGAGGCUGAGAUCAGUGAGGAGGGGAUGAUACCUCUGGGAAAAGAGGGAACUGGCUUUGCAGCUGCGGGAGGGGCGGAGGUCAAAAGAAAUACGAUCGUUUUCCGUGUGUAG